UCUCUAAAAAUACGAGAAAGUUUAUUCUGAAUAACUUGAUUCUGCAAUCAACUCUAAUAAAAUCAAUAACAUCAAUCUUCUUAAGCAAUGGCUCCUACAACCGGUACAUACACCAAUAAAAUUCACUAUGUCAAAAAGCAGAUCCUCGAAAAGGUAACAAUGAAGCAAUAUGCACAAGUUUUUAUGCUGCCCAUGGACAGAAGAAACCGAGAUAUUGCGGGACUCAAAAAUCCCAUGGACCUGGGCACAAUCACUAUUCGUGUGCAGAAACGGCGCUAUCGAAAUGAAGAUGAACUGAUUUUCGAUCUCAAACUUGUCUAUCAGAAUUGGCUUUCGUUGAAGAGGGAAAGUGCAAUCCUGUGCCGGCCUGGCAAUCAAGUUGCAAAAAUUCGUGGAGAACAAGGUGUCGAAAAUGUCAGAGGGCCAGGAGUUGGAGAUCAAUAAGGAUUCCAAGAUGACGGUCAAGUCCCUCCAAAAUUUUCCCUGGCGGCAGUUAAAUAGCACAGAGCCGACUCCAACAGAGCCUAUGAAUGUGUGUGUGCAUGUGACACCAGAGCUUGUCGCUGAUCCUACGGAUGUUUAGACAGAGCCCUAUGAAGAGGAUGAUUCAUUGCGGAUAAUCACACAAAUUCUGAGCAAAACGCAGCUGAUGCACUACCUUCAGCCACCCGAUAUAAGUAUCUAUGUUGAUACUCUUGGUGACUGCAGCAAU